UACAAAAGGUGGUGGACAGCCAUCCCAAAGAACAAUCUUCUUUUAAUCAUAUCAAACUCCACGCAAUUCGACCACAACAGAUUCACAUCUAAAUCCACCCACAAACAAAUCAAUCAAGAUGACCAAGGACCAGAAGAACGAGGUAAGCGUUGGCCACACUCCCAGACACUGUGGUGACCGACGGCUGACCAUGCUCAACCAGGGUGAGAAGGAGUUCAGCAUCCAGCCCAUCAAGGAGUCCGUUGACCCCAAGUUCGGAGCCUUUGGCGCUCACCCCGGCCCGGCCGUUCCCAAGGAAAUGCCCCAAGAGGAGGGAACCAAGGAAGAGCGAAAAGCCAAGAUGGAGGCUAUGAACAAGAAGUAAGAAGUGAGGUUGGGCCUCGCUUGCUUCUGUCACCACCCACUAGGCACCUAAUAUUAGGUGUCGGGCUUGACGAAUGUAUGACCAGGGACGUACUACGGAUAACAUGUCUAAAUGAAAGUGUAUUAGAGAUAUGAAUGGGAAUGAUGAACCUCGAAUAAAAUUGCCCUGUGCACAUGUACGAUUUAUGUGAUGCAUCCGGAUAGACGGGCGACAGGGCCCUUCGUAUUGUCGUAUUG